GAGAGGAAGCCAAGUUUCUCUCUAUACUUGGUAGGUUGUUCCUCUGACUAUUCAAUGUCCAUCAUUGUACUCUCGUACACAUUACAAUAAUAGAGUAGCACUAUGCUCAUUUAUCUCAUCAGCUAGAUAUCCAGCUCGAAUUAAAUGCCUGUGGACACUUACUCUCUAAUAUAAUGACAUUUCUAAGAUUUAUCAUCACGUGCAAAAUUUGACAGCCCCAAAUUAUUCUGCUUCAAGCAUUAAUAUAGCUAUCUAAGUUAUCAAAGGGGUGAUCAAGAGAAAUGGAACUUCCAAUUCCAAACAGAGUGAAGAAAGCUUGGGAUGAAUGGAAUAUACAAGUAUUUCUCCUCUUAAGCCUCUUCCUCCAAGCAAUUUCACUCUUAUUAGCACCAUUUAGAAAGAGAUCAAGGAACAAGUGGCUGAUGUUGCUUAUUUGGCUGUCCUACCUGGCUGCUGACUGGGCUCCUGGCUUUGUUAUUGGUCUUAUUACCAACGCUGUCACCACUAGCUGUCCUUCUUCUAGUAAUAGUCCAAAUGAAGAAUAUUACAAGAGUAUUAUUCUCACAUUUUGGACCCCUUUCCUUUUGUUACACCUUGGUGGGGCUGAUACUAUAACCUCUUUUGCUCUUGAAGAUAAUGAGCUGUGGAUUAGGUAUGUUUUUGCCUUCAUUUUCCAGGUCGUUGCCUCUGCUUAUGUCUUUUAUUUGUCACUUCCUCAAAAUACACUCUGGCCUCCCACACUCCUCAAUUUUCUUGCUGGAAUAGUCAAAUGCAUCGAGCGGGCACGCGUGCAAUAUCUUGCUACCAGGGAAAAUCUAAAAAAUUCUAGUGCUGAAAUAUUGAAAAAGAGUGCUGGUCCUAAUGAUGCUACCAAAUUAAAGAACUUGGAUGUUGUUAAAUUUGCAUAUGAUCUGUUUGAGAGGUAUAAAGGUCUUAUUGUGGGUGAUAAAUUUACACCGGAGGAAUAUAAGGCAAGUCAGAAGUUAGUCUGCAACAAUAUAAAGGAUGGGAAUGAAGCAUUUAGGGUAGUGGAGGCUGAAAUGUAUAUCAUAUACGAGGCCUUACACACGAAGGCCCCACUUUUAGUUCGUUCCAAAAAGAAGUACGUACUCAUCUCCCGUUCAGUUUAUUGGGUUUUGUUAGUAACUACAUUGGGUCUUUUUGCUUUCAUGGAUAAAGGAGGAUUUCGCUCAGUGGAUGUGGCUGUUACCUAUGCUUUGCUCUUUGGUACUGUUAUUCUGGAUGCAAUAGCUGUGCUGAUUAUGAUAUUUUCAUCCUACUUGGUCGUUGCAUCCAUGUUGCAGUCUCCAAUUUUGGGCAUUUUGGUACGUCGUCCCUCAGAACUAGUGAUGCGAAUUUGGAGCCGAUGCUUCCCACAAACCGUGCACCAGUAUAACCUUAUAAGUCAUUGUCGACAACAACGUUCAAGAAGUUGUCAAAACUCGUUGAGUUUCUUUGGCCUUGCUGGCUUUUGGGACGAGCUAAAGUAUGUAUCCCAGGUACCAAUCCCGCAGGCUGAAAGGCUGCAGCGCAGAAUAUUUUCAAAGGCCAAACCAGUUUUCGAUCUGCCACGGAGAAAAACAGAUGGCCAGUUAUGUCCUAAAGACCACUGGGCUUAUCACUUCCCGUACCCAACAGAAAGUUCGCAUAAGCUCUUCUAUGCAACUAGUGAUGAGGAAUUCCUCAUACUCUCCCACAUUGCCACUGAAAUCUGCUUCCAUUUUGAUGAUGAUCAUAGUAAUGUGAUGAUCUUAAAUUCCUUGAAGUCUAACCACGUCAAAGAUUUUCGCGUUUGGUGUAAGCUUAUGUCAGAUUAUGUGUUGUACCUUGUUGCAUUCAAUCCAUCUUGCAUGGAGACUGCUUCAAAAUAUCAGAAAACUAUUGAAGAGACAUUGGCUGAGGUCGCGGAGUUGUUCCUUCAAGGAAACGAGAAGUCAUUAACAGAUCAAAGGAAAGCUUGUGAAGAGAUUCUUGGCCUAGCCAAGACCAAUAAUAUUACUAAUGAUUCUAUGAAAGAAGAUGAUCAACUAGUCCUCGAUGAAUCUGAGAAAGGUAAUAGGUCCAAAGGAUCAAUAUUGUAUCGGGCGAGCCUAUUGGCGAAUGUUUUGAUAAGUAGCCAGGAUGCAUAUACAAGAUGGAGCAGACUCUUUGAUGUGUGGAUGGAAAGGUUACUGGAGGCAGCAAAAUGGAGCAGACCAAAUUUCCACGCUCAAAAUCUGUGCAAAGGGGGAGAAUUUUUGAGUUUGGUGUGGUUGUUAAUGGCUCAUUUAGGAAGUGGAUCGCAAUACCAAGUUGAGGGGCUUAACUUGAGUCCACUAUGGCUCCAACCGUUCCGUCCAGCCAGCCCCCAGUUCGACACCGAUGAAUAGUGGGACAGUUGGGAAAUGCCUGAUGCUAUUUGCUCCUCUAGUAGAGAGUAUAAGUCUUAUGUACUAUUACUGUAAAUAUAAUAAUGGUACUACUACCGUUCUUCUGUCGAAUAAUUAAGGGUGAACAUGCUUAAACUUUGG